AUGGCAGAAGCAGCAGUAGCAACAGCCCAAGCAGCUGUAGAGGCUGUUCGUCUUUCUAGGCCUUCUGUUUUGCUUAAACGGCACUUGGCAGCCAUGGUUAUACAGACAGCUUUUAGAGGAUAUUUGGCAAGGAGAGCUCUUCGUGCCCUUAAGGCGGUGGUAAAACUGCAAGCAUUAGUUAGAGGCCACAAUGUUCGAAAGAGAGCAAAUAUGACUCUUCGAUGCAUGCAGGCUCUAGUUCGUGUACAAGCUCGGGUGCGUCAUCAGCGCAUGAAGCUUUGUACUAAUGACCACAAAUCCAUUAUUAAUUCUAGAGAUGAAAGCAGUAAUGCAGAUGCAGAUGAUUGGCUCCAUUGGGAUGCUGACCCCCUGAAGACAAAAGAAGUUGCCUCGAAACGUGAAAAAGCUCUUGGUUAUGCCUUCUCUCAACAGAUAUGGAGAAGUUGGAGAGACGGCGUUCAAAGUGAAGAAGAGGUUGAUGAGAAACCGGGUCCCAGUGGAUGGCUAAGAAGAGAAAGAGAAAGUGAGCCCAUAAAAACUGUUGAAGUUGAUACCUCUCGCCCUCACUCCUACGUCAAGAAAUCACAAUUACAACAUAAUUACCAACCACAAAGACACAGUUCAUAUUCGGUUGCUUCUCCUCUCCGUUCAGGCUCACCCAUCACACCAUCGCCAACUGAAACAAGGCCACUUCAAGUGCAUUCGGCAACAGUUCCAAACUACAUGGUAGCGACUGCAUCUGCCAGGGCACGAUUUAGGUCACAAAGUGCACCAAGGCAGAGGCAUUCAACUUCGGAGAGGGCGAAGAAACGCCUGUCUUUCCCAAAUCCUGAUACAUAUCUUAGUGAUCAUAGCAACCAGGAGCAGAGAUCCAACGUGUCUUUCUGUAAUGACAGCAUGGAUGACGAGAUUUAUCCACCUUCAACCACCAAUGACCUAAGGAGGUGGAUCAGAUAAUUAAGUCAUCAUCAGUGGCCUUGCCCAAGAUAUAAUGGAUAAUUGACGAGCGUGAUGCCUCAACCAUCAAUUUUUUAUUUUAUUUUUUCUGUGCGAAUUUUUUUAAAUGCCAAAGUUCGUGUAAAAUCCACUAAACAUUAUCUUUGCAAUUAGUUCCUACAUUUUGUAUUUGAGAGAGUUUCUCAUUGUUGGAGAGAGGAGUGUGCAGGGGCAGAACAUGUAAGAGGCUAGGCCGAGAGAGUUUUUUAAAGGCUUUCAUUUGUUGGGCGUGAGAUAGAGUGACGAGUCUAA